GAUAGAUACAAAAAUAUUUUAGAGAGAGACAAAGAGAAGGUAUUCAAAGAAGGAAGAGAGAGAGAGAGAGCUUCUUGUGUCUCUUAUUUUGGUCGUGGCGGAUUCCAUUAGCAGCAGCCUAUCACUCCUCUUUCGUUCCAGUUUGAACUGACACAUACUACUGUGCGAGAGAGACCUGCAAACGGUGGUGGCGGCGGCGGUCACGGUAGUGUUAGAUCUGACAACACGUAUGGGUAGCAGAGGCGGCGGAGGGAGUAAUGGGGGAGGAUCACAAGGAAUACCAGCGGCGUCAAGGAAGAUGGUACAAAGUUUGAAGGAGAUAGUAAACGGAGUCCCGGAAGCCGAGAUCUACUCCACGCUUAAAGAUUGUAAUAUGGACCCUAACGAAGCCGUUAAUCGUCUCCUCUCUCAAGAUACUUUUCAUGAGGUGAAGAGCAAACGAGAAAAGAAAAAAGAGUUCAAGGAUACAACAGAACCCAGACCUCGUGGUGGUGGUAGCACUUCAACUCGUGGGGCUAGAAGUGGUACAGACCGAUAUGGUGGACGUAGUGGAUCAACCCAGUUCAACUCUUCUGAGUCUGGUGGAUUGCAUGGGAAACCUACAUACAAGAGGGAAAAUGGGAUGAGUUCUUAUGCAGCUUCAACCGCUCCAGUUUCUAAAGCGGCACCACGUAAUGCAAAUUGGCAUCAGUCAACUUUCAGUGAUGCUCAAGGCCCUGAACUUGAAGUGCCAACUUUUAAUGGAGUUGAUGGUGUAUCAGUUUCACAGCCAUCUUCUGGAUAUCAAUCUGCUUGGUUGGGUGCUUCUGGUCAAAAAUCAAUGGCUGACAUUGUUAAAAUGGGUAGGCCACAGAACAAGGGUUAUAGCACUUCAAACCCAUCUCAGCAAAGUAUCAAUCAACAACUUGCUCCUCCACCCCCACCCAACGUGUCACGGCAUGAGUUGCCUUCUGAGGACUAUGCUUCCCAAGUGCCAGAGAUACAUCCCGACUAUGGUGUUGCUGCUGACCAGUAUGCUUCUCCUGAUAAUGAAUGGCCCUCUAUUGAGCAACCACAGGCUGUUGGUGUGCACUCUGUACUGGAUAAUCAUGCAGAAUCUGGGUUCAAUUCUGGUCAAUCAAGCUUGCCCUUUGAAAGAAGCAACCAGUAUCAAGGGUAUGAGACCAAUGAGGUUGAGGAACAAGAUGAAAGUUGUUCUGAAGAUGAUAUCGAGAACAAUGUCGGACCUGCUUCUAUUCCUAGUAGGAAAACGCAGGAGGAUACUUCUGUGACUGCACCCCUUUAUGACAAUGACUCUUACGGGAACAUGGACUCCUACCACCCUCAUGAUGCUGCUUGUGAGCACAAGGAAGUAGAAGAAGGUGAUCCCCCUAUUUCAUCGGUGAGUGCAAAUAUACAGAAUCUAAGUAUACAGGAAGAGAAGCACAUGGAAGAACCUGAAGAGGAUGGCCCUUCUGUAGUGAUUCCGAAUCAUCUGCAAGUUCAUACUGCUGAUUGCUCACACCUAAGUUUUGGGAGCUUCGGAGCAAGCAUGAAUUCUGGCUUUUCUGGACCUUUUGCAUCUCGGACAUUGAUGAACAACAUAGAAGAGGCACCUGCAGAACCAGUUACUUCAUCUGUUGACCACUCUGAAAACACAAAUCUUGAGUAUUAUGAGGAUGGGUCUACAAGAACAUCAGAGAGCAAUCUAGUUCAAAGAACAGGAGCAAGUGCCGAAAAUUAUGAUUUGCCUUCUGCUUCACAAAGUGCGGUGUUGAAACAAGAGGAUCCUGAAGUGAUACACGGGAAUCAAUAUGGGUUUCCUCCGUCGACACAUGCCCAUACAUUUAAUGCUCCCCAGUUAUUGAACUCUUCUUUUCCUCAAUCUCAGACACCUGCACAGACUCAAAUUUCUACUCCCUUUUUGAAUGUCAUGCAGGGUGCUCACACAAACUCAUUACCAAGUACGUUGUUGGCAGCGAAUGGUCAUCCUGUCAGAGAAUCUGAUCUGUCAUACUCACAAUUUUCAGUUGGUCAAUCUUUGCCUACUAGGUAUGGCAACUCGGUAUCUUCCAUCAGCGAUCCAACCAUAUCUAUGACCGAGGCUUUAAAGACCGUGGGACUUUCGUCAUCUCAACCAGCACAACAUACUCCAGCAGGAAACACUCUUCCUACAGGACCUACUCUUCCACAACACCUUGCUGUGCACCCUUACUCCCAACCUACUCUUCCUUUGGGAGCUUAUGCCAACAUGAUCAGCUAUCCGUUCUUGCCUCAAAGUUAUACAUAUAUGCCAUCUGGUUUUCAGCCAGCGUUUGCCGGGAAUAGCACAUAUCAUCAACAGUUGGCAGCCAUUCUUCCUCAGUACAAAAAUAGUGUUUCUGUCAGCAGCUUGCCGCCUCAAUCUGCUGCCGUUGCUUCUGGUUAUGGUUCAUUUGGCAAUUCAACACCAAUUCCUGGAAACUAUCAAGUCAACCAACCUGCAGGCCCUGCAGGAUCCACCCUAAGUUAUGAAGAUGUAUUGAAUGCCCAUUACAAAGACAACAAUCAGUUGCUCUCUCUUCAGCAGCAGAAUGAGAACUCUCCAAUGUGGGUUCAUGGAGGUGGUUCGCGGGGUGUUCCAGCCAGUGCGUAUUACGGGUUGCAGAGUCAGAACCAGCAGCAGGCGAGUGGGUUCAGGCAAGGUCAGCAGAGUUACGGUGGAGCAGGUCUUAACUACCAAGAUUUCUUCCAUUCCCAGGGUGGUGGGGAACAUCAGAAUCCUAAUCCUAGAGGAGGAGAGGGUUCACAGGGCCAACCAAAACUCCAGUCGCAACAACUAUGGCAAAACAGCUACUGAUCAAGGGUUUUUUCAGAGUUGUAUCUUACUACUACUACUACAUACUUGAUCGUCCGAGUGAGUUGACUCAGUUUUAACGCGUGUGAGCUGAUGAUUCUGGUUAGUUUAUUUCGUGGGUGUAUUUUUCCAUAAAUUUUCUAGAUGUAACCCCUUUUUAUCAAUUAUCACCGUCGUUUGGUUCA